AUGCCUCCAUCAGAUACUACUCGACGGGUGAUGCUCGUCAAUAAUGUGUUCGGUCGGUCGAUCAACAACGUCUCGAAACCGGUGGAUGCUCAGACACUGGCCGAGGCGUUUCCUUACGCGAGUCCGCAAAUGCUGGACACACUGGCCGAGCAGACCAAAAACUUAUUUUCACACUAUGCUAACGGCCGUUGGACCGAAUUCGCGGAGGCCGCUUCGUUCGAAGACCUCUGUAACCAAUUUGAUCUUCUGGAACGUGAGGCCAUCGAGAGAAUCCAAGCAGGCGUGAAACCAGUGAUGAUUACCCGAGAUCCCAAAUUGUCGAUCCCACCUCUCCUCCUCAAAACCUUAACCAACUUGGAAAGCUUAUACCGGUCAGCCCAUGUACGACAAGAGGAGACGAACGAAAAAAUGCAAGUUGAGAUCAGUAAACAGAUCAAAGAGAUCGAGCGCCUGGAAGCGGAGAUCAAGGGUCGCGUAGGACAGAUCCAAUCUACCGCCGAUCAAUGUAAACAUCUCUAAUCUCCCCUCUCCCUCUCUUGUCACUCUUUGUGUCUUGAAAUGUUAUCCUAGCU